GCUCUGACGUCGCUUUGGUUAGCGUUGCCAUAGUCAAGAAAGGUGAAGCACCAAUGCUGAGUUAACGCGUUACGACGCACCAUUAGGACUCGACGCGUUUAGCUUGGGGUUUAUUUCCUCUUACGCUUACUGAGUUGGACGGACGGUUUCGCCAUGAGCUUGGCGUCUGAGGGUGUCUUUCUCUCGGCUCUACAGCCAAACAGCUCCAACGUGAGCACGUACGCCGUGCCGCCGGAGACGCAGCUCCCUCACGGCGGCGGCGCCGCGUACUCGGACGAAGCGGCGCGAGCCAAGCGCGUCCAGCAGCAGGUGGCCAUGAGACUAGCCGAGAAGUCCACGCUGCCCCGGCGGACCACCUCCACCUCUGCCAGUUCCUCGCAGUACGCCACCAUCUCCUCCGCGCAGUAUCCCAGCUCAGAGUACAGUGGUUCUGCCACAAUGAUGAAGUACCAGACCUACAAUCCAAGUUUCAGCUCAAAAUCCUAUAUGUACGCCUCAACCGCCAGACCAGUAAUGGCCAACCGUGCUUCUCAGCACUCCAGCAGUGGCUACUCAUCUCGCUCAGCCAUGGAUUUUGGCACAAGAGCUCAGAUGAGUCGAGGAGCUGCUGGAGGAAUGAUGUACAGCCAAGAUGACAUGGGUGGUAUGGCAGGGAUGGGUACUAUGAGGGGUGGCUACCAAGGCAGCCAUGCUCAGCAGUAUCAGAUGAGCACAACAAUGCGCUCCAUGGGCCGUGGGGAUCCUGACCCAGAGAUUGCGUCGCUACACUCACUGCGCCUGCAGUCACAGCCUCAGCAGAUUAACAAUUGGAUAACACGAAAUGGCAGCGAGGGAAGCUUGGGAUCAGACCAGGAUGCCACCUAUUCACGGCAGGAGGCUGGUUAUAAUGUAAGCAAUGGUUAUGCAGCCACGUUUUCACACCCAUACUCCUCUGUCACAGUCAAUGAUUACACUUCUGGAGCAAGACAGACUUCAGCAACUUUGCCGUUUAUAAGACGUUCCCUCAGCGGAAAUCUGGCUGGUAACGGAGGCGCUGGAAUGAACUUGGAGGAGGAGGCUUAUGCACGUCAAUCUUACAAAGGCCCCUCGCAGCGCACCAUCAACAGGAUUACCCAGAACCGUCAGAAUCGCUAUGCUGUGUCAGCAGGGAAUAUGCAGACAAGUAGCAGCUCAGCCUUUGUGAUGGGUGCAAAUGGCUCCCAGGGUAACCUGACUAUGAGGCAAGGAAGGAUAUCUCGUGCUCCCUCCAUGAGGAGUAUGAUCAGUGUGGGGAAAGGGAAGGAUGUGUAUGAUGGCAUGGAUAUGACAGGCAGCAUGGGCAACCUGAGCGGACUGGGUUCUCUGGACAUGUCAACUGCCCUACUCCACCUUGAAUCAGAUGACAAAGAUCAACAGGCACUUGGAGCCGCUUACAUCCAGCAUGAGUGCUACCACAAUAAUGAGGCCAAAAGGAUGGUGAACCAGAUGCGUGGUAUACCUUUACUGGUUCAACUGUUUACCAGUGAAUCUCAAAGGGUGCAACAAUAUGCCACAGGAGCAACCAGAAACCUCAUCUACGAAAACAUGGAAAACAAGGUGACUCUCAUUGAAGCUGGAGGAAUCCCUAAGCUUAUGGAAGCCCUGAAAGAACCAGAUGAUGAAAUACAGAAGAACAUUACUGGAAUUCUAUGGAAUCUCUCCUCUAAAGACAACCUGAAAGAGAAGCUGGCAAGAGAAAUACUUCCAAAGCUGACAGAGGACAUACUGUUGCCUCUCUCAGGAGCGGGAGACAGAGAGAUAAUUGAGCACAAUGAUGCAGAGGCAGAUAUCUUCUGCAAUACUACCGGAUGCCUCAGAAACCUAAGUUCGAUAAACAAAGACACACGAAAGCUGAUGAGGGAGACUCCUGGACUAAUAGAUGCCCUGGUAGGCUACCUUCAGAAAUCAACUGAAGAUGAGAUAAGAAUAGAGCAAAAGGGAGUGGAGAACUCUAUUUGUGUGCUGAGGAACUUGUCCUUUCAGCUGUAUGAUGAGAUUCCCCCAUCAGUCGCGUUGCGCUUGGAGGGCAAUCGAAAUCUGAUUCCUUCUCGAGGAGAGGCUAUUGGCUGCUUCACUCCUCAGAGCAAGAAAGCAAAAGAUAGUCAGAAUCAGGAUCUGUCUACGUUUGCCGAGGUGGCCCGGGUGCCUAAGGGAUGUGAGUGGCUGUGGCACCCUAAGGUCGUCAGCUUGUAUAAUAAUGUCCUUUCACGCUGUUUUACAAACCCCAUCACACGAGAGGCUGCAUCGGGAGCUCUGCAGAACAUUACUGCCGGAGACAAAAGGUGGCCAUCCAUCCUAAGUCGUGUUGCCUUAGAACAGGAACGUAUGUUGCCUACAAUUCUGGAUAAACUCAAGACAACCAAUGAUUCAGAACUGCGUUCUCUUACUGGCUUCCUCAGGAACCUAUCCCGUCACGCCCGGGACAAAAACAGUCUGGCUCCUAAGGUGGUGUCAAACUUAGUGGAGAUAUUACCAAAUGAUGGCAUGGAAAAGAGCCCUUCUCCUGAUGUGGUUGUAAACAUCUGUGGCGCACUUAACAAUCUUGUAAGCUCUGCUGAGAUCGCUGCCCGGGACAUAUGCUACUUUGAUGGACUGCCCAAACUAGUGGGCAUCAAGGGUUCUCAUGAUAACAGUCCAUACAAACUGAAGCAAGCCAGAGGAGCAGCUACAGUCCUUUGUAACAUGUACCAAUAUAAAAAACUUCACAAAGAAUACAAAAAGAAAGGAUUCCAGAAACAAGAUUUUUCAGAGGCAAUCAUGCAUUAAAGACUGUAAUAGUGUGGAUAUAAGUGCAUGUAUGUAAAUAUGGAAUGAAAAUAUAACAUAGCUGAAUAUUUCAGCUAUGGUAUUUGGCUGGUGCAAGAAUGAAAGGACAUCUGAAAACCAAGGCACAUGAUCCCGGACUUGAUUGAUGGAGGAUGCACCUUAAUUAAAUUCCUGUAGACAUCAUUUUUAUUUUAUCAGCAGGGAUUUCAUUUUUUGACCCGCUGUGUUUUUUGUCUACUUUAAGCAGUGUGUAGGAAGAUCAUUGACUAUUCUGUGUCUCUACAAUUGUUUUCACAAUAACAAGGACAUUUCCAUACCUUAACUUUUGGUACUUCAUGUAAUUUCUUUUUAUAUAUUUUUGAAUUUUAAACUACUUUAACCGGUUUUGUCCUCUAAACAUCAAUAAUGAUAUUUGGGGACAUGGUUCUGGGCUUUGUGAAAAUUUUAGCAGGAUGCCAAAUAUUAUAUGUUAUAAACCAUGUAUUAUCUUCUCCAGAGUUGCCUUUUUUUGUGAAUGGGUCUGUUAUGUUAUACUGAGCUAUGUAAAGAGCUAUGUCUCAAUUUUUUACACUGUGCAUAGUGGUUAUAAAACAAUAAACAAUUUACUGUCUAUUAAGGGAAUUUCUAGUUAGGACAGCCUUAAAUGUAGCACUUUGGCCUAGCACUAAAUGGUAUUUACUUUGAUAUGUCAGCCAUUUAGAGGACAAUUUAAUGACUUGUCAUCUUUUGCCAUUCUGGUACAUUGGGAUCAAGUCAAGUCAUGUAGAUAUUUUCUUACCUACCCUUAUCGACCCUGCAUCUCACUGAAUUUUGAAGUGUGAUUGCAUUGCUUGCAGGAAAAUCAUUGAGACAUGGCUACAAGUUAGGCUGAACUUAGCAAAAUGUAAGUUCUGACUGGCACAUGGUAACAGAUUAUUUUUUAUUAUGUUGUAUUAUAACCUUAGAUAUAAAUCAAAAUGUUGCUCUGUGUGUGUGUGUGUGUGUGUGUGUCAUAAUUGCACAUUUAUAUAGCAGUGUCAUGUCUGGGCUAAAUUUGGCAGUGGUAGAUUAGUUGUUUUAUUGUAUCAAACGAACCUGAUUUGAUUUGAUAAUUUUUAUUUUGCAUCCUCAAAUAACGAUAAAUGCUACUGCAUAUUUUAGCGAUAAUACCAUGUCUAAACUUUUUUAGGAAAUUAUUUUUUCAUUUAAAGUAAGUAAGAUACUGAAUAUUUGGGAUAUAUUGGUUGGAGUUGGUAUGUAUAUUUAAAAGGGUGUCUAUAAAACAACUUGUUUGCAUUUGCAUUAAAUAUUUUCUCAAAUCUUUAUAUUGUAAUUAUUUUUUAUAUUAUGGGGAAUUUAUAUCGUAAAAAUGAUUACUGUGUGUUUGCCAAAUUCUGUAGAAAUAUUUUUCAAGGCCAUGCCUAAUACACACUGCCUGUUUUAUAAAUUUCUUUUCAGCAAUAGUUUUGUUCAUGCUCUGUAUCUUUCAUUUUGCACUUUGCAAGAACAUUCUUAUUUGUGAUAGUUUUUUUUUCCCUGAAAACAAAUAAAAUAUAAUCUGAUGAA